AUGAACGUCCCACAAUUCCAGUAUUUACAGCAGAUGGGACAAGGGCAAGGACAAGCAAAUAACGCCCAGUCCCCUCAGGUCUCUCAGAUUCAAAUGCAACAACAGUUACAACAACGUCAACAGAUUUUAAACCAUUUACAACAACAGCAACAGCAACAGCCAACUAACGGUACUAAUCCAUUAUUGGCAGUUAUCAAUGGUGGGAAUUCUAAUUCAUCAUCAAAUUCCAAUCAAGGAAUAAACAUGCAACAGUUACAACAAUUACAACAAUUACAAGGACAGGGCCAGGGUCAGUUUCAAGGCCAGGGUCAACAGUUCCAAGGACAACAGUUUCAAGGUCAAGGUCAAGGCCAAUUCCAAGGUCAAUUCCAAGGACAACCAGGACAAGGACAAGGACAACCACAAAGUCAAUUUCAAGGAAAUCAAUUCCAACAACCAGGUCAACCGGGUCAACCAGGUCAAGGGCAACCAGGUCAAGGUCAACCAGGUCAAGGACAACCUGGACAAGGACAGCCAGGACAGCCAGGACAGGUACAACCAGGACAGGUACAACCAGGACAAGGACAACCAGGACAACCUCAAAGUCAAUUUCAAAAUCAAAACUUCCAAAUACAUCCAAUGCAACAACUUCCUAUGCAUGUCCCCCCACCUCAGGUGCCAAUAGUCCGUGAAGUAUGGAACCACAAUUUAGAACACGAAUUCACUUUAUUAAGAAAUUUUACUAAUGAUAAAACCACCAAAGUUUACGUCUCUACACAUCAAGAAAUCCCCGGGAUCGUUGCCAGACCCGUUGGAACAUUUAAAUCAUCAUCAGAUUAUCAUUUCCAAACAUUAAGAUCCAAUGCAGACCUUUUAAAUUUAAUCCAAUUAUCAUUAUGUGUAAUUAAAAUCAACAAUAAUAAUGAAAUCAGUAAUUCAAUAAUCUGGCAAUUCAAUUUCCAUUUUGAUAUUCACAAUGAAAUGUAUAAUGAAGAACAUUUAUCAUUAUUAUCCCAAAGUUCUCAAAUCAACUUCAAUAGUAGUUUAACUGAUGGGAUUCAACAUUUCCAAUUUUCCGAAUUAAUCAUUGAAAGUGGACUUUUAUUAGAUGAAACCAUCAAUUGGAUUAGUUAUCAUGGAGGUUAUGAUUCAGGAUUCUUCUUAUCAUUAUUAAUGAAUGAUAAUUUACCUUAUAGUGAAGAAGAAUUCCAAUGGUAUAUUAAGAAAUAUUUCCCCAACUUCUUGGAUUUAAAGUUCAUUGGCAAUACAUUAUUAAAUAAAUCUAAUGAAGAAAAACCUGCAAAUAAACCAUCAAUUGAAUAUUUGGCUGAAGAAUUACAUUUAUUACCAAUAUCUCCAAUGAUUCGUCAAUUUUUCACCAGUAAUUCCAAUAAUCAAUUAAACAGUCAACAAAUGACUUCAACUUUACAUGCUUAUUUGAUAAUGGAAUGUUUCAAAGAGUUAUAUAGACAAUCAGGUUACGAUAAUAAGUUAUUUGAUAAUUUCAAAGGGUUAAUUUGGGGAUUAUCAGGGAAUGCCCCUUCAACCCCUCCUACUAAAGCUGUUCAACUUAGACCUAUGUAA